AUGGGCCAACACAAUCUAACAGUGCUAACUGAAUUCAUUCUGAUGGGACUCACAAGGCAGCCUGAGCUGCAGAUUCCCCUUUUUGGAGUCUUCCUCGUCAUCUACGUAAUCACAGUGGUGGGCAACCUAACUAUGAUCAUUUUGACCAAACUGGACUCCCACUUGCAUAUACCUAUGUACUUUUUUAUCAGACAUUUGGCUUUUGUUGAUCUUGGUAAUUCUACUGUCAUUUGUCCCAAGAUGCUGGCAAAUUUUGUUGUGGAUCGAAAUACUAUUUCCUAUUAUGCAUGUGUUGCACAGCUGGCAUUCUUCCUUAAGUUCAUUAUCAGUGAACUUUUUAUCUUGUCGGCCAUGGCCUAUGUGGCCAUUUGUAACCCUCUGCUCUAUUAUGUUAUUAUGUCUCAGAGACUCUGUCAUGUACUGGUGGGCAUUCUGUAUCUCUACAGUACAUUUCAGGCUCUGAUGUUCACUAUUAAGAUUUUUACAUUGACCUUCUGUGGCUCUAAUGUCAUCAGUCAUUUUUACUGUGAUGGUGUUCCUUUGCUACCUAUGCUUUGCUCAAAUGCACAAGAAAUAGAAUUGUUGAUCAUACUAUUUUCUGCAUUUAAUUUGAUCUCCUCCCUUCUGAUAGUCUUAGUGUCCUACAUGUUGAUUUUGUUAGCCAUAUGUCAAAUGCAUUCUGCAGAGGGCAGGAGAAAGGCUUUCUCCACAUGUGGUUCCCAUUUGACAGUCGUGGUUGUGUUCUAUGGGUCUCUACUCUUCAUGUACAUGCAGCUCAGUUCUACUCACUUCUUUGAUACUGAUAAAAUGGCUUCUGUGUUUUACACUUUAGUAAUCCCCAUGCUUAACCCUUUGAUUUACAGCUUAAGAAAUAAAAAGGUGAAAAAUGCCUUCUAUAAGCUCUUUAAGAAUUGA